AUGCCACCCCUCGACAUCACUCAGACGUACCUGUUUCUGAACGCGUUCGCGUCGCCCUUCUGCGACCCCCUCGCCGCGCCUGUCUCCUCGACCCUUUCACCGAGCCCCGAACCCGUCGUGCCGCCGCAGAACACGCCGUCGACGCCGGAUUUGGCUCUGGGUACCUCGCCCACUGCCGGUGCUGCCGGUGCUGCCGGUGCUGCCGGUGCAGGGGGUCGGGAGCUGGCCGGGUCACCCCUCGCAACUACGUCGACGGGGAGUACGGGAUAUGUGGCGGGUGAUCCGCGCGGCGAGAUCCCCGACGACCAGAGACGAAGUGAGACCAGCGGCAUGACGGGGACGACGGCGGCGUCGGCAAACGGGGUCUCGGCGAACGGAGCACGGCCAGACCUCGCAGGCCUUGGGCGGGGACGACGCAGAGGCGCUGUCCACGCUAGCGACGCUGCUCGCGUCCUCGACGGCGGCGGCGGCGGCGGCGGCGGCGGCGCUCCCUGCCCGGCUCGACGCCUCUCGCCUCAGCUGCAGCCUCCUUUGUUCCCAUCCCCUCAGGCUCUACGUCAAGCCCCGCCGCUCUGGGCCGAAGCGGACCAAGUGGUACAGGCGGAACCGGCUCUGGUUCAGGCAGUUCGCCCGCGGCCAUGA